AUGCCUUUGUUCAAGGGGAAGAUGCGCGAGGAGGAGGACUCAGACUCAGACGAAUCCUUCCAUUGUUGCGGAAGGCCAGAGGACCUCCUUGAAGAAUUCCGCUCCUUGGUGGAAGCUCCCAAGCCAGAUGGGAAUGAGGUACGCGUCCCCGACGACCAGGACUACUACCUCUAUUCCGCCGGCCUUGAACGACUGAACUCGCCCAGCAAUGAGCCAACCCACGGCUCACUUUCUUCCACUCGCAACUUCCAACGGGCUCCAACCGUCUACUCCUCUGAUUCCGGCCACACUCGGUUCGGAAGUACUCUCCUCAUCAUCAAAACUGACGAGGUAGUCUCGCCAUCCUCUUCGCCCCAGAUGACUCCAACUGGUCAAACCGAGCCAGCCUUCCAGGCCAAGGAAGACGUCAAAAUGGAAGAUUCAACUUCAUCGGCCCAGCAAUUCUCUUCGCAUGGCCAUCAGCCCAGCCGAUGA